AAUCUCCAGUCCUUUCCCCUGCCACCGCGUUGCAACACCGAGUGAGAGGCAGUAGAUGAGGAAUGACUCAUAAUCCUUGCAAAGGGGGUCGGAAACUAGCGUCUUUGUAAUCUGACAAGUGUACCAACUUGUCAGAAUACAUCCUCGUCCUUCUACUAUCCAGUUUUACAGUUUCCAGUGUAGCUACAAUACCUGUAGCCAAAAUGGGCAUCCAAGGACUGCUGCAGUUUAUCAAAGAUGCAGGAGAGCCCAUCAAUGUGAAGAAAUACAAAGGCCAGACAGUGGCUGUGGACACGUAUUGUUGGCUUCAUAAAGGAGCAUUUUCAUGUGCUGAGAAGCUUGCUAAAGGGGAGCCGACUGUUCAGUAUGUAUGGUACUGCAUGAAAUAUGUGGACAUGCUGUUGACCUUUGGUGUGAAACCAAUCCUAGUAUUCGAUGGACGCAAUCUACCUUCAAAACGAGAAGUGGAAAAGGCUCGCAGAGAGCGCCGAGAAGCUAACCUUCAAAAAGGCAGACAGCUGUUGCGUGAAGGCAAGCAUUCUGAGGCCAGAGACUGUUUCACUCGCUGUGUUAACAUCACUCCAGCCAUGGCUCAUAACCUGAUUAAGACUGCACGGGCAAAGGGAGUAGACUGUGUGGUGGCUCCAUAUGAAGCUGACGCUCAGUUGGCCUACUUGACUAAAUGUGGUUUGGCUCAUGCAGUCAUCACGGAAGACUCUGACCUGCUUGCAUUUGGCUGCAAAAAGGUGAUUCUGAAAAUGGACAAACAAGGGAAUGGCUUGGAGAUAGAUCAAAGUAAUCUCGGCCGAUGUCGCGCUCUGGGGAACGUCUUCACUGAGGAGAAGUUUCGCUACAUGUGCAUCCUUUCCGGUUGUGACUACCUGGCCUCCCUGCAUGGCAUUGGCCUGGGCAAGGCUUGCAAACUGCUACGGAUUGCGAGUGACCCUAAUAUUCUCAAGGUGAUCAGGAAGAUGAACCAGUACCUAAAGAUGAACCUAGUAAUCCCAGAAGAGUACAUUGAAGGGUUCGUCAGGGCCAAUCAAACCUUCCUUUACCAGCUGGUGUUUGAUCCUGUCAACAGGAAGCUUGUCCCCCUCAACGCAUACCCAGAAGACAUCAACCCAGCCACCCUCAGCUAUGCCGGAGUUCCUUUAGGAGACAACACAGCCUUGCAGAUGGCCUUAGGGAACCUUGACAUCAACACACAGGAGAAAAUAGAUGAUUUCGACCCAGACAUACCUAUGGCACAGUCCGCAAGACAACGCAGUCACAGCUGGAAUGAGAACAGGGUUUCCGCCCAGCUCAGUAUCUGGAGUAGAAAGAUGAAGGGUGUCCCAUCACCGCAGCCUGCAACUUCCCUUGACAGGCCUCCUUCCACCAGGGGGAAGGAGAGGAUCAUCAGCCUGGCUGGUGUCGGGCUUCCCUUGAAGAAUGUACAAGCGAAGAGACCUCGACUGGACAUCAGUCCGUCAGAUCAAGAUGUCCUGCAGCAGUACUCUUCCAGCGUGAAGCGAGCAAAGACCGAGCAGCAGCAGCCAGACGAUUUAACGCAGACCGGUCAGCCACGGCCGCGGAACCGCUUCGCUACGGUUUUGCAGAUGAGGAACCAGGAUGCUGAUGAGAACGGCCCAGCCAUAAGCAGCAGAUUCUUCAGUAAUUCCAGUCCAGCUGCCAGGGAUGUGCAGGAAUCUGCUCAGGUGGGUUUCAGUCGCAAAGCUUGCAGCGGUGUCAAGGACACCCCCGCUGUCACUGACCAGACCAGUGACAGCGACGGUCCAGAUGUCUCAUCUGUGGAGACACCCAGUCCACCUCCAUCUCCAAAUACCACCGUCCCCCGCUCAGGCAGCCAAGGUCUCAGGCUGUUUAACUGGUCAGGUUGUUCGCCGUCGAUGGAUCGAUCGCAGACACCAAAGUCGAUGUCAGGUCUGAACACGCUGCAGCAUUUCCAGUACAAGAAGGACAGCUUCUCCAUUUCCACAAAGUCCCCAACUGACAGGCAGCCAGAUGAUGAGGUCAACCCUACAACCUCCCAAGACAGCGCUUAUUUUUCCCAGUCCCAGCCUUCUCUUGCUUCCCUACACAUAGAAAAAGCCCUCUCUAGUGACUUGAAUGUCUUUCAUGAGGAGCAUGCUGCACCUAAAAUGGAAUCAAAAGAAGAUUCAGAGCACAGUCCCACAUGUUCAAAGGAAGAUCAUAAAGUAGGAAUCUUGAAAUCAAAGGUUGCCGGUCUGCCAAAGCCCAAGUUGUGUCGUCUGGUUAAGGACACACAGGUGCAAGCACUGUGCGCAGCCAGGGCUAGCGGGCUGAGGAAGAAAACUGGGGUUUUUGGGAGGAAAUCCUCCAACUCAAACAUUGAGAACAACCCUGGUGUACAAGCCACCAUCAGCUGUCUCUGGAAGAACUACAGCUUUAAAAAAGAUACCCAGAGGAUGACGUCCUUUACGAAAGGAGAGCCAGAGUAUCCACUUAAAGGCAACCUGUUGGCCAGUUAACCCACAACAAGCAGAUUGCAAUAUUUCUUUUUUUAAACAUACCGUGUAUGUCCACCAUCAUUUCACCAAUAAUUGCACACUUUUUAAAUAAAGCUACCUUCUACCCACACAUUCCACAUCUGAUGUUGUUGACUGUGGUCCAUCUUCCAGUCUCUCCAGGAUUUUCCUUUUUUUGUGAUUGUUGAGACCAAAGUAUCUGGUUUCG